GGCAUGGUGGGGUGUCGGGGGCCGCAGGCAUAGCGCUCUCGCCCUGGCCAUGGAGCGGCCGGCGCCCGGCGAGGUGCUCAUGAGCCAAGCCAUCCAGCCGGCGCACGCCACUGCCCGCGGCGAGCUGAGCGCGGGGCAGCUGCUCAAGUGGAUCGACACCACCGCCUGCCUGGCGGCUGAGAAACAUGCUGGAGUUUCCUGCGUUACAGCCUCAGUGGAUGACAUACAGUUUGAGGAGACAGCUAGAGUUGGACAAGUUAUAACCAUCAAAGCAAAAGUUACUAGAGCAUUCAGCACAAGCAUGGAGAUCGGUAUCAAGGUCAUGGUACAGGAUAUGCUCACUGGCAUUGAGAAGCUUAUUAGUGUGGCUUUCUCCACAUUUGUAGCCAAACCAGUUGGAAAAGAAAAGAUUCAUUUAAAACCAGUCACACUUCUAACUGAACAAGAUCAUGUGGAACAUAAUCUGGCUGCUGAGAGAAGGAAAGUUCGAUUACAACAUGAAGAUACCUUUAACAAUUUAAUGAAGGAAAGUAGCAAAUUUGAUGAUCUCAUUUUUGAUGAAGAGGAAGGAGCGGUUUCUACAAGGGGCACCUCCGUUCAGAGCAUUGAACUGGUCCUCCCACCCCAUGCCAACCAUCACGGAAAUACAUUUGGUGGCCAGAUUAUGGCUUGGAUGGAGACAGUGGCUACUAUUUCUGCAAGCCGCCUGUGUUGGGCUCAUCCCUUUCUGAAGUCCGUAGAUAUGUUUAAGUUCCGGGGACCAUCUACAGUUGGAGAUCGUCUUGUCUUCACUGCCAUUGUCAACAAUACAUUUCAGACCUGUGUUGAAGUUGGAGUUCGCGUGGAGGCCUUUGACUGUCAGGAAUGGGCCGAGGGCCGAGGGCGUCACAUCAACAGUGCUUUUCUCAUUUACAAUGCUGCUGAUGAUAAGGAAAAUCUCAUCACGUUUCCCAGAAUCCAACCCAUUUCAAAGGAUGAUUUUAGACGCUAUCGGGGAGCUAUUGCACGCAAGAGAAUUCGCCUAGGCAGAAAAUAUGUUAUUUCCCACAAAGAAGAGAUUCCACUUUGCAUACACUGGGAUAUCAGCAAGCAGGCAUCCCUGAGUGACAGCAAUGUGGAGGCCCUCAAAAAACUGGCAGCCAAAAGGGGUUGGGAGGUUACCAGCACUGUGGAAAAGAUAAAAAUAUAUACUCUGGAAGAGCAUGAUGUUUUAUCUGUUUGGGUUGAAAAGCACGUGGGAAGUCCAGCACAUUUGGCUUAUCAUCUCUUGUCUGACUUUACAAAGCGACCUUUGUGGGACCCCCAUUUUGUGUCCUGUGAAGUCAUAGACUGGGUGAGUGAAGACGAUCAGCUGUAUCACAUCACCUGUCCUAUACUGAAUGAUGACAAACCCAAAGACUUGGUAGUACUCGUAUCACGAAGAAAACCCCUCAAAGAUGGUAACACUUACACAGUGGCAGUGAAGUCGGUCAUUUUGCCAUCGGUCCCCCCGUCUCCACAGUACAUCAGAAGUGAAAUCAUAUGUGCCGGAUUUCUCAUCCAUGCUAUUGACAGCAAUUCAUGCAUCGUAUCUUACUUUAACCAUAUGUCUGCAAGCAUCCUUCCUUACUUUGCUGGAAAUCUUGGUGGCUGGUCGAAAUCCAUUGAAGAAACAGCAGCCUCUUGUAUACAGUUCUUAGAGAAUCCUCCUGAUAAUGGGUUUGUAAGCACAUUUUAAAGGUCAACUUUCAAUUACUGGUAAUUUAAUUUCCAACUUUUAAUUCCAAGCACCCUUAGCCCUGACAUCUGUCAAGCUUUGGGGCCACAGAAUAAUUUAAUAUAACCCUAAGCAAAAUGCAGUGACGAAGUUAAAAAACAAAAUGCAUCGUAAGUCAAAUACCAGUGAUUUGGAUUAGCAUUAAAAGAGCUUUAGAAUUCUGUUCUAAGUCAUCUGUGGCUCUGCCUCUUCCAGGGGCACAGAUAGUGGAAAAUUGCCUGUAUGCAAUACUAUGUGUUCUAUAAAAUGGCAUGAAUUGAGUUUAAAUUAUCAUAAACAUUUUUAGGUUAAGGAGGUGAAACAUGCAUUCUGUGUGAAAUUCCAAAAAAAAAAAUUAUAAAAUCUAAAAUGAUUUGCUAA